UCCGUUGCAGCUUAUUGAGCUCGGAGUACGGGGGAGAAAAGAGAGGAGCAGCUACUCGCCCGAAGAGCGGCAAAAGCUUUCGACCGAUCCGAAUCUGCGCGCGAGAAACGAUCCACGAGAGACGCGCCGCUUCAUGAAUCGAAUAUCGCACCGAGAAACUCGACUGUAGAACCUGCGGCUUUGGUUCGUUAUUCCAAGGGCUUGGCUGAGGUAGUGCCGGAAAACCAAGGGCACCCUCGAGACCAGGUACUGGCUUGAGCUCCUUCACUCGCCAAUAAAAGGGCGCGAGAGCCGACGAGGUGAUGAUUGUGCAAUUGCCGAUAACUCUACGCCCACGCAAACGCCAGAGGAUUAAGAAUUUUAUAAAUCUCAGUCAAGGAGGAUAAAUCCUUAACAGUUAAUUUCGUUAUAAUUACAAAUUUUAACGAAAGUAAUAAAAUUUUGCAUUUCUUCGUCGUGCGGAGCUACUUGAAAAGUCUCCGACGAUAUUUUCCGAGAUCGAAAUCGGAAGAGAAAAGGAGCUAAGUAAAUAAAGGGAUAAGAAAAGAAGUCAAAAGGUAUCGGGAGAUAAUCGAAUUUACGAAAGCUGAAGGAAUGGGUGUAAAGAGUAAAAUAUUCGGUAAAUAUCUUCUCAUUACCAAUACGUUGAGUUGCGGUGUGAUGAUGGCUGCCGGGGAUAUUUUUCAACAACGUAGCAAUUUUUUGAAGAAGCACAUGGCCAAUCAAAUCGAUCAACAACCGGUCAACGACCAAACUACAGCUAUAUCAGUGAUGAAUUGCUCAAAUCAAAAAAGUAAUAACGACCCCGAGAGGCUCGAAUUACUAGUCAGAGUAGUGGAUAAAAAUGAAGUCGAUAGCAAGACAUCCAACAACUUCGAUUUCGUUCGUUGCCGCAAUAUGACAGCCGUUGGAUUACUACAAGGACCUUUUCAUCAUUACUUUUAUGCAUUUCUCGAAAAGACGCUACCUGGCAAGAGUACAGUAUCGAUUUUCAAAAAGACUCUCGUCGAUCAAACCAUUGCAAGCCCCACGUGCUUGGGAAUAUUCUUUUUCGGACUAGGGCUUAUGGAGCAAAAAAAUUUGAACGAUAUCAAUGGAGAAGUAAAACUUAAACUGUUGGAUACUUGGAAGGUUGAUUGCAUGUUCUGGCCACCGACGCAGUUCAUAAACUUUCUUUUCGUUCCCAUCCAGUAUCGAGUGAUUUACAUCAACCUUAUGACUAUGAUCUACGACAUAUUCUUAUCUUACAUGAAAUACGAUGCUCAUUCUUGAAGUAAAACGACGAUUAUAGGUAAUUCCAAUCGGAGUUAUCCAAAGGUGAUGGAAAAGGAUUUAUACUAAAAAUAUGGGAUAAUAAUAACAGUUAAACAAAAAAAUCUAAAUAAAAUUAUUUACAGAUGAUAUUAACAAAAACAAUAAAGUUGAUUACGAUAAUCUUUUUAAAAUAUAUAAAGGACAAUUAAAUCAUUGUA